AUGAAUGACGUUCAAAAAAUUAUUUUUGAAGAUGACAAUGAUGAUGAUCAAAUUUGGGAAAGAACAAUCUAUGCUGUUGGAAUUGUAUCAGAAUCAUAUUUCAGGUACAAUUAUAAAGAACCAUGCAUGGAUUCAUUUCAAACAGGGAUGAUGUGGUUACUAGAGAUUAUGAGGGGAAAUGAUAAAAGAUGUCUUAACAUGUUUAGGAUGGAUAAAGAUAUAUUUAUUAACCUUUGUCAAGAUCUUGAAAAAUAUUAUGGUUUAGCUGCUUCACCAAGAAUGUCAACUUUAGAGAAAGUUGGUAUAUUUUUGUUUAUUCUUUCCCUGGGAGCUUCAAAUCGACAAGCUCAAGAACGUUUUCAACGAUCAGAUGAGACAAUUAGCAGAGUCUUUCGUGAAGUAUUAAAGUCAAUGAUGCGAUUUUCUAUUGACGUGAUCAAGCCAAAGGAUCUUACGUUUUCUACGAUUCCUUUAGAAAUACAAGAUGAUGAAAGAUACAUGCCUCACUUUAAGGAUUGCAUUGGAGCAAUUGAUGGAACUCAUGUAUCAGCAUGUGUGGAAGAACAUGAAAUUAUUCGAUAUAUUGGUAGAAAAGGAGUUCCUACACAAAAUAUUAUGGCUGCUUGUAGUUUUGACAUGCAAUUUACUUUUGUGUUGGCUGGAUGGGAAGGAAAAUACUAUUUAGUUGAUGCUGGAUAUUCACAAAUAGAAGGAUUUCUCGCACCUUAUAAAGGAACUAGAUAUCAUCUACCUGAAUUUCAACGUAGCGGUCGACCAAAAGGAUUAAAAGAAACUUUCAAUAGGUGGCACUCGUCUCUUAGGAGUUGCAUUGAAAGAACUUUUGGAGUUUGGAAAGCAAGAUGGAAAAUUUUACGAUUGAUGUCUUCUUAUCCAUUUCAUGUACAAAGAGACAUUGUUAUUACAUCAAUGGCGUUACAUAAUUAUAUUCGAAGAAAAGCUCUAGAUGAUCCGGCAUUUUCACAUCUGGAUAAAAAUCCCAAUUUCAUGCCUCCUGAUAUAUUUAAUAAUUUGAAUGACGACCGAUCAAGUGAAAAUUGUGAAGAAGGCGAAGCUGCACAGAUGAAAAUAAUAAAAGAUCAAAUUGCUCAUAGUUUAAUGAGAGCAAGAAGAGAUUUGUAG